CCGGUAGCUGAUCCGUGAGUUAACACGAGGGUUUCCUCCGAGCCGAGUGCCUGAUCUCUGGAUUAGAAGAAUCAUUUAUCCAGAGGGGGAUCGGAUAUUAAAGAGAAGACCUCCGGAGUUGAGAUGGAUUCCAUCCGAUCCUGGGUGCGCAAUGUCGGUGUUGUGGAUGCUAAUGUAGCGUCACAAAGUGGUGUGGCUCUAUCCCGGGCUCACUUUGAGAAGCAGCCCCCCUCCAAUCUCCGCAAAUCCAACUUCUUCCACUUUGUACUGGCGCUGUACGACCGACAAGGACAGCCAAUCGAAAUCGAGAGGACCUCCUUCUACGACUUUGUAGAACACGACAAGGAGCAAAGUGGUCAGAAGACAAAUAAUGGAACACACUACAAACUCCAGCUUCUGUACAGCAAUGGGGUGCGGACGGAGCAGGAUCUGUACGUCAGGCUCAUUGACUCUGCAUCCAAACAGCCCAUCUCGUACGAAGGGCAGAACAAGAACCCCGAGAUGUGCCGCGUGCUGCUGACUCAUGAAGUCAUGUGCAGUCGAUGUUGUGAGAAGAAGAGCUGUGGGAAUCGCAACGAGACCCCCUCAGACCCUGUGAUCAUCGACAGAUUUUUCUUGAAGUUCUUCCUCAAGUGCAACCAGAACUGUCUGAAGACAGCAGGGAACCCACGAGACAUGAGACGUUUCCAGGUGGUCCUCUCCACGACGGUCAGUGUGGACGGUCAUGUCCUGGCGGUGUCCGACAACAUGUUCGUCCACAACAACUCGAAGCACGGACGCCGCGCCCGGAGGCUUGACCCCUCGGACGCAACAGAGCCUGGCAUGGAGUACGCCACGCCCUGUAUCAAAGCCGUCAGUCCUAGCGAGGGCUGGACAACAGGGGGCGCCAUGGUCAUCGUCAUUGGAGAGCACUUCUUCGAUGGGCUGCAGGUGGUCUUUGGGACCAUGCUGGUCUGGAGUGAGCUCAUCACGCCCCAUGCCAUCCGCGUUCAGACCCCUCCUCGGCACAUCCCCGGAGUGGUGGAGGUGACCCUGUCUUACAAGUCCAAGCAGUUCUGCAAGGGGGCGCCAGGCCGUUUCAUAUACACGGCCCUCAAUGAACCCACCAUCGACUACGGCUUCCAGCGUCUCCAGAAGGUCAUUCCCAGACACCCAGGAGACCCAGACAGACUGGCCAAGGAGGUGCUUCUCAAGAGAGCUGCUGAUCUGGUGGAGGCUCUGUAUGGAAACGCACAGAGUAACCAGGACAUGCUGUUGAAGCGUGCAGCAGAUAUCGCGGAGGCCCUAUACAGCGUCCCUCGCCCUCACAGUCAGCUCCAGGCCCUGCCCAGCUCCCCGGCUCACGGCAGUGUCAUGGGGCUCAACACCUACAGCAGCCAGCUGGGGGUCAGCAUCGGAGAUCCCGGGCAGAACGGGCAAGGAGGUUACAUCCGGAACACCAGCAGCCUGUCUCCGCGUGGCUACCCCUCUGCCUCCACGCCCCAGCAGGGUGGCUAUGGCAGCGCGGGCGGGAUGAACGGCUAUGGCGCGGUGCCCAUGUCCUCGCCAGGCUUCACCAGCGCCUCCCCCACAGCAUCGCCCUACGGAAUCAUGCCCUCCAGCCCCACAGUGCCCGGCUCUGGCGGCGCCUCCAUCCUGCCCUUCUCCUCCUUCCCCUCGGUCAAGCAGAAGAGUGCCUUCGCGCCAGUCAUCCGCCCGCAGGGCUCCCCCUCCCCAGCCUGCCCAAGCGCCGGGGGCAACGGCUUCAGAGCCAUGACUGGUCUUGUGAUACCUCCAAUGUAAGAGACCUCCCCUCCUCCCUCUAUCCCCUCUGACGGCAUGACAGCGGAACCCCAAAACAGGAGCCCCCCUCUGACUGAACCCUGGAUUCAGGACUCCCCCCGUUUUGGGAUUUUUAACUUGAUCCUCGAGCCUGGUACAAACUAUAUGGGUAAACACACCGGGAGACUGGAGGGGUUCCUGCAGCUAACCUGGCAGAAACCACACGAAGAGAACAAGCUAAUGCACAAAGCUGCUUUCCAUCCACACAGGAGACUGCCAGGGGGGCUUUCUUUUAACUAAAGGGUCGUGGAGCAAUUCUCUGGACUCACACACACACACAGGAACCGGACAAGAGCAGACGACUUGAAGCCUCAGAGACCUGAGGAUUUUACCGGCGGUUUUCAGGACACUAUCCGACCCAGGAAACUGCAAAGACAGCGGUCAAGCUUUCUGCCCUGGUUCACAAACUCUUAUUUGUAAAGAACUGGGAGGCGGGAUCGGACUGACAGACAGACACGCCCAGGAACCAAUCACAGUGUUUCCUGCCCCUUUGUCUUUUUCCAUUAUUUAAAAAUGAUACAAUUUAACUUAUUAUUAUUAUAGUUAGAGUAAGGCAUAAUAUAAACCCAUUUGUUCUCCAUUUUUUACUAUUAUUAUUAUUAUGAAUAUUAUUAUUGUUAUUAUUAUUAUUAAUAUUACUAUUAUUGAUAUUAUUAUAAUUAUAAUUCUUUUGCUGAAUAUUUCUCUCGCUAUUUAAAAAUAAGAAUUACAAGGGGGAAAAGCAAGAUGUGAAAUGUUUUCAAAAGCAAAACUAUUUUGGGAAAAUCUAAUUAGGAACUGUUAUUGAAAGCGAGUGGGCCGCUCCACAGUGAUUCGUUAAGCACCUGAUUCUUUGAUGUUAGAAAUCAGACGACUGAAGGAGUGAUUCUUUGAUGUUAGAAAUCAGAAAUCAGGGUUAAAGGCCACCUUUUAUUGUAGAAUUCGUUCAGAAAGUAGAACCCUCGGCAUCCUGGAAAACGAUCAUUUCCUCUGCUGUAGGUCAACUUCAUGGUCUGGCAGCGGAUUCACAUUUCUAGUCUAUAAUGUAAAACAUGAUUUAUUUUAAAAUAAAAUGCUACUAUGAUAUUAUUUUAAACUGUGAUUAGUGCUCCUUUAAAAGAUGGCUGAUCUAAACCCUAUUUCAUUUAUUAAGAGCGUGUUUACACCUCAGUGUAUUGGAGAUUUUGCCACACAGCUGGGCUGGCCUCGCUCAUCAUGCUGUCAUGUCUGUAGCCCUCGCUGCUUUGAGAUGAGGGUGCAAUUUUAAGGGAUGUGCCUUUUCUAUAUUUAGUUCAUUGUUUCAUUUUUAAUUUUGAGUUUCAUUUUAAUUUUUUAU